UAAUCAAUCUAUGCCACUUGAGGUUUGUAGCAGUGCUUAUACUGACGUUCAUGAGGUCUGCGCCUUACUGCACAGCCUCAUUCACCGUGCGUUUUCCCACUGCCCCUGCUGACGGGUGAGGCUGACUGCCCCAACGACUAGCAUGUGUUACGAUAAGCCUUGGAGCGUUGGUGGCAUAAAGCUUCGUGGUCACCAGCUCUGACCGACAUUCAUUCAAUCUGUUGUGUGGAAGGAAACUUAUUGUACCUAUCCCUGCCGCUGCCUCUGCCUAGGGAACUCAACGCCUUCCGUCCACUGUAGUCAUCAACAAGCACCACCACGCAGCUAGGCCUAACCACCUUUAUCUCUAACGCCUUGUACUGCUACAAUGGGUCUCUUCAAAUCCUCUCCCAAACUUGCACAACCACCGCUCCCAAACCUCGCCAUCCACCUCUACAAUCCAACAGACAAAGUUUUCAAGCCCGAUGAUGUCGUUACCGGCCACAUUUCCCUUGCACCCAUCAUUCCGAUAACACCGUACGCCCUCGAAGUCUCACUCUUCGGCCAAUCUUUAAUCUGGCUGCGCACGAGUCACAGGAAGAAUUCGAAUAGUAUGAUGGACUACUACCAUUGGCGAGACAACGCGCCCCUCUUUGAAGUCUCCGAGAACGUCUUACCCAGUCCAUCCAAGAAGGAGGAAUCUAUGACUGUAUAUCAGCCAGGACAAACGUACACGUUUCCAUUCCACUUUCGCUUUCCAGCUGGCACGAGAAACUCGAGAUUGGGACAAUACAAGCAGGAUAGCGAUGAGCGGUGGACAGUCACACCACACGACUUACCGCCCACUUUCCUACACACAGAUAAGCUUGGGGACGCGACUGAACCAGACUACGCAAAGAUCGAAUACGGCGUCAGGGUCAAACUGAUAUGUCCCGGUAUUGGUGUUGUUCAGGGACAGAACCUGAUAGAUCUCACCACUACGGCACCAGUGCUGUUUCAACCCAUGAACCGCAAUCCGCAACACAUACUCGACGGCCCAAUAAGUGUACUACGCUACCCAAAGACAUUCACCUUCCAGAGCUCCAUCUUAACAGGCCAACAACCCAGUCAAAUCGGCUUCCGACAAGCCAUGCACGACCGCUUCUCCUCCACGACGCCCAAAGUCGAUUUCGAAGCCGCACUCGACAUGCCAGAUGUGCUCGCCAGCGGCUCUGAAUUCCGGUUCCGCGCCUCCUUCCACGUCCUCAGCAAGACAGACAGCGUAUCUCAUAUCCCGCCCAUCCAGUUCCGCGUUCUCAAGCUAGAUCUGCUAGACUUUACGUUUGUGCGCGCGCCGCGCGAUGAAGAUGCUUCGACCUUUCGCGACGGGCACCACCGCUCGAAUAAGUACGACUUCAUGCCGCCGCCUGACGCGCCUUUUGGAAAAUACGGGCGGGAAAACGAGGAUUAUUCGGAGCGCAAGACACAUCUUAAUUGCCUACCGGAUUCUGCGGCCGUUGAGUUGGAAGAGGUGCCUAGCUAUGAUGAAAAGAAGAAGGGAUUAGAGCAGGCGAAGAGCUGUGAGGUGUGGUUCACGGCUAGAGUACCGGGGUUUACGCCCCCGAAUUUUAAAAGCUUUGCUAUUACGAGGGCAUAUAGGGUUAAAGUCAAGCUAGGGGUUGAGGUCGGUGGAAAGCAAUUUGUGCUGGAGGCGGAGAGUCAUGUCAGGGAGAUGGGGAGCGUGCCGGCUUAGUGAGCUAGAGACGGUAGCUUGAAGGCGAGGAUGCUGGACGUGCGAUGUUCCUAUACCGUUCGUGUGUGAUACCCAUUGAUAGACGUCGUUGUAAUAAAAUUGAAUCGAAUUUCUUUGCCUACUACGCACCGCUCUCGUAGCAUUCGUACCGAAAAAGCAGGGGUAUCAUAGUCUAUACGCCAAUAGCAAAAACUCCUUGAUCACCCUCAAACCCCUCCUACCAACUUGCGAGAAUGUUUUCCAACUUCUUCUGCCCAUUGUUGCCGAAUUCCCGCAUGUC